AUGUCGAUAAUCCGUGUCGGAAUUAAGCUCCAGAACGUUGUCCCUCCUCGAGAGGCACUCGCAGAUGCUUUCCUGCGCGUUAUGCUCAUCGAUGAGCUGUGCGAUAUGGUGCUGGACUGCUGCACUCCUCAGACUCUCGUCAUGCUGGCACAGACCUGUUCCGAUUGGAAUUCCCGCGUCUGCGAGUAUAUGCGAUACAGAUACAAGAUCAACCACAGUCUUUCGCACUUUUUCGCCGACCCCAUGGCGUUUCGCCGCAUCCAAUACGACACUUCCUCCUUGAUUAGCGGGAUGUUUGCUCUCAGCUUCAUCGGACGCUAUAACUGGACUGUCAACCAGCUAGAUGUCUAUGUUCCUCGGUAUCGCGUCCACCCCGUCGUCCGUUUCCUGCUCAACUCCGCGUACCGCUACGUUCCACGGGCGCAGCAGAAUUCAAUUCUACGCUAUGAACUCGCCGGUCCUACCCAGACCGUAAGGUUUCAGGAUGGUGUACGACCCCUCUUUUGCUCCGGCCAGCACGAUCGCGGCGUACACGCAGUAUACACAUUCCAAAAGACCCUCGUAACCCACGACAAGGAGACAGUACUCACCAUCCACAUUGUGGAAUCAGUGGACGCACCAAUGCAUCCAAUCCUCAAUUUGGACUCCACCGUCGGGAUGAACAUCAUCAGCUACGAGCGCGCGUACUCUCUUUACCCUCGUGCGACAUUCGAGGAGAAGAAGGGUUUAUUUCUUCCGAAUCCUGGACAUCGCGACAUAGACGGCGUCCGAGAGUUUACUUCGUAUCGUUGGACGCUCUUCAACAUCGUCAACACCGAAGUCUAUCCCCUUUUUAAAACUCGAUCUCGCUGGAUAGACGACGGAUACUCACUCAAGAUAUCGCUUCACAGAUCCCGCGACGAGCGCAUGACCUUCACAUACUCGAGACCGAAUGCCGCCACUCACUGCACGUUAGCCGAUCCCGCUCGCGUCACCAACUUCCGCUUGCGAUACAGCGUCAUCGGAAAGGCCCAUCACUGCUUCUCUGCUAUCAGUUCCUCGGCACUACAGAACUAUUAUAUCUUGCACGAAGAUCGGCUUAUAAACGCGCUGAAGCUCCUAUAUCGCCACGUACUCCGCGAUAACUAUUUCAACUCCCGCAACGAAUACGGCAGUAAUAUCUCUUAUAUGAAUACUGCCGCAUUCCAGUAG